AAGAAGCAGGAGGCGGGACACUGACCGGAAGACGCUCACUGUGGGAGCAGAGCUGAAGAUGUCCAGAGAUACGUCCCAGCAGAUGGGAGACAGCCAUCGAAGGCUUCUACAAUGCAUGAUGGUCAAUGGCAUUGUGGAUGAGCAAAGAGCACAGACCCUUUACAAGCAUUGCUGUGAAACACACAACACUCAGCACAGUGUUGACAAACUGGACAGUUUCAUCGAUACCAUCAACUCAAAGCUGCAGCCCAUGUUCAUGCAGAUUAGAAAAGGGAUGUCUGAAGAUAAUGGUCAACAAUACUACGCCCUGGUGAACAUGGCUGACACUGACAUCACCAGGAUGUCAUCAGAUUAUGCCGACAACGAGCUGGAGCUGUUCAGGAAAACGAUGGACCUGAUCGUGGGCUCUGAGAAUGGCAAGGCCUCCUCCACCGACAUCCUGAACAGUGCAGACACCCUGACCACCAAGAAGCUGAAGAAGAGCGAGACGGAGCACCUGCUGAACCGACUGGUGCACGACCAAUGGCUCAAUGAGAAACGGGGUGAGUACACCUUGUCCACCAGAUGUAUCAUAGAGAUGGAGCCAUACAUCCGCACAAUGCACCAAGAGCAGGUCAAAGUUUGUCAAAUCUGCCACAACAUCGCUCUCCAGAGCCAAAUCUGUGAAAAUCCUGUCUGUGGCAUAAAGAUACACACACCGUGUGUAGCCAGAUACUUUAAAGGAAGAUCCGAGCCGCGGUGUCCAGCUUGUGAUGACUUCUGGCCUCAUGAAAUCCCUGAAAUCAGACGACCCAGGUCUCAAUCCAGGAAAUAAGGGCUCAAACAUCCGAUUGUAUUUUUGUUUUUUAAAUGUGUUUUAUUUUUAUAAUUUUCUAAUAAACCAG